AUGGAGAAGGUGAACAUCGAGCCAUGUGUGAAGAUGGACACCCAAACCCUUGAUCUUCUCAAGAUAAGAGAUGAUGUCACAUGGUACAUAAGGAAGCUAGGCUUGAGCAAGCUCUUCAAGCUAGAGUGUAGUGAGUACUCACAACUCACCAAGGAGUUCCUCUCCACAGUAGCUCUUGCCUUUCCCAACCACAAUGGAGACCAACCAGCUGGUGAUGGACUCCUACUCUUCAAGAUAGGCGAUGCCAAUGGGCGCAUAUCCAUCUCAGCUCUAUGCCAACUCUUUGGACUUCCCAAUGAGACAGCACAUGACUUCAAGGAGAACUCAAAGAGGAAACAAGCUGCCUUUGCUGAUUGGACACACUUUGCCAAUGAACCAUUCUUGCCUUCAAGAUCAAAGGUGUCUAGAAUCACUCAUCCAGCCAUUCGCUAUGUGCACCGCCUCAUCUCCACCACUUUCCAAUGCAAACAAGAAGCCAACAAGGUCACAACUGAUGAGUUCUACAUCCUCACCACACCAUUCAUCAAGCAUGAGUACAAGGCCAACCUUGGACUUUUACUUGCCAAGACAUUCAUCAAUGUGAGGAAGCUAGCUAAAGACUUGGAAGGCAACAAGAAGCUUUGUGUUCGUUUUGGGAGGCUUAUCACGGCCAUAGUACAACAUGUGGGGAUUGACAUUCCCAACUAUGAGCCACUACCCAAGCCAACCCCUUUGGAUCUCCAUGCUCUUCAGCACAUCCACUUCCUAAACCGUUGGACUAAAGACCCAACUCGGUUUUGCUAUGAGUUUCCAAUUGGUCCAGCCAACACUUCCCUUGUCUUGCUGCCACAUGAAGACAUCCCAAGCCUACGCUCAGGUGUUGUCACUUUCCAGCCCAAUGAGGAAGACUUCUAUGUUCCAUCAAGUGAGAAACCAUCAUUCCCCAUGCUCACCUAUCGCACACUUCAGCAUGCAGUCAAGACUCAACGCCGCCACCAAGAACGCCAUGUUCUCACUACUGGCAUGGCCGCGCACCAAGCUCUAGACCGUGUUAACAAGCUGGAGAAGAUCGUGGAGUGCCAAUCUCGCUUCAUCUCGCGCCUAGUCGCGUAG